AUGGCCGACAAGUACAUACUCAAAGUAACAGCCGGUCCCGGCUACGACGCGGCGCAUCACGUCACCGUCCCCGUCAACGCCGCGAAGCCAGUCAAGAUCAGCUCGGCGCUCGCAGACGUAGAGCUCAACGUGCGGAUCCGGGACUACGGGGGACUACCGCGGGGAUCGCCCGCGACGUCGGCCUACUUUGAGACGGAGCCCCACAAGGCCAACGGGGACCAGUAUAGCAUCUGCCUGCGGUUCAGGCCCAAGGCGCCCUCGUCGGCAUCGUCCUCGGGAGCGGACGCGACGGCGACAGAGGCGGAUACGAAGACGGGGAUCUCGGGAGAGGAUCUGCAGUUUGGCAACGACUUUGACCAUCCGAUUCGGGACCACCUCCCGCCGGGGUUCAACACGGCGCUCAACAUUGUCAAGUGGUGGAUCGAUCCGGGGCUGGAAGGGGAUGCACAUGCGGAUGCGCCGUACUUGUUUGGGCCGGCGCUGAGCUCGUUUAAUACGGUGUAUUGCGGGGAGGGCACGCUGGAUGCGGAGGGGGCGGGGCUUCUCUUCGAGGAGGGGGUGACGACAACAACGACGACGAUGACGACAACGAGGAUAGCAGUGGAGGCGGUAGGAUACGUACUCCGCAACCGCAAGACCAAGGACGUGUACCUUGUCGUCAUGUUCUCACUGUAUCUCCGGGAAGACGUGGACGAGGCCGGCUCGCUCAAGAUCCCCGAGGCGCAGGCGAGGAAGAAUGCGGCGGUGGGUCGGCCUACGAGCUCCGCUUCUUCGGAGGGCGAGGAGGAGGAAAAGAACGGGGAGGCAGCCCGGCUGCCGGAUGGGCAGAAGGUGGAUGUGCCUGGGGAUACAAGUAUUGAUGAUGUGGAUUAA